AUAGAUGUUCCAGCCUACUCGGAGACAGUGGAAUUUUCCCAGCUUUGGCUAGAAUUCUGGAACACAAUCCAAGAUGCGCAGUGAAGGCAGCCCAAGUACUCGCUGAAAUAGCUAAAAAUGAGGAAAUGAAGAAGCUUUGUAUUGAAGCAGAUUUGGUUCUAAUCUUGGUACCUCAGCUGAAAAGCACAGAUGAAGAGAUGUUGCUUCAUACUGGAAGAGCCAUUGGCCGCAUCUGCUAUGAAAAAAGAGACCUUCAGGAAGAGCUGGUGAAAUUAGGAGUGAUCACAUCACUGGUCCGAAUAUUAACUGAAUACCCAGAGAAUGAGGCACUUACUCGUGUUGACCUGUUGGCCUUAUGCAAUCUUGCAGAUCUAGAUUCUGCUAAGGAAGCUUUAAGCAAGACAAAUAUUGCUGAACUUCUGGUGAAACAGCUGAGAAGAGCAGAGAAACAUGAGAGACUUGAACUCAUCAUUGAGGUCCUACAAGCACUAGUGCAGAAUGAUGCUCUGAAAAUGCAGUUGGUAGAGACAGGUGUACAUGAAGCACUGUCAGAGAUCCUGCUGAGGCUCCAAGGCAGUUUACGAGCUGAAGAUACUCUCAUUGUGAAGGCUGCAUCAGAUCUCAUUGUCUCUCUGCUCCUUGGAGAUGGUAAUUGCAUACGGAUGGUGCAGCUGGGAAUCGUACAUCAGCUUUUGGACCUUCUAGAGAAACACAUGGACAAUGGGGAUGUCUCUAUUCAACAUGCUGCACUCAGUGCACUUCGAAACUUUGCUAUACCAGUGGCUAACAAGAUUCAGAUGCUGGAGGAAGGUGUAGCAGAGCGAAUCAAGAUGCUUUUAAGGUCAGAGAUGCCUCCUGUGCAGUUUAAACUUCUUGGAACAUUGCGUAUGUUAACGGAUGGACAAGCUGAAGCUGCUGAGAUACUGGGCCAGGACACUACUUUGCUCAACAGGCUUGUGCAAUGGUGCAACUCCAAAGACCAAGCUGGUGUUUGUGGAGAAGCAAACCGGCUGCUGGCAUCACUCUUGAGUCACAGUAGAUCCCAGGAAGUAGUCAAAGCCAUCCAGCAGGCACAAGGAGUGAAACACCUGGUUUCCAUGACUACAAGCGAGUAUGUUAUCAUGCAGAAUGAAGCUCUGAUUGCCUUGGCCAUAGCAUCUGCAAUUAAUUUAGAAGUCCUUGAAGAUUCAUUUAAAGAGACAAAGCUGGUUCAAAACUUGCAUAAACUUCUACAGGAUGAGAGGACAGGUCCUGAGGUGAAAUACAAUUCAAUGAACCUACUGUGCAAUCUUCUAAAUUCAGGUGACUUGAGACAAGAAAUAGAAGAUAACAACUUUAAAGAAACCUUGGAAACCCUUUGUAGCUACAGCAAUGCAAGUGUGGUUAAUCAGGCUGUAAUUACACUACAAAUACUGAAAGAUAAGAGUCAAAACACCAGGAUCUCUUCCCCAUAAAUGCUUAUGUGGCUUCUGCUUUCUUCAACAGGUGUAGUAUUACAAUAAAACGCCAGCUUUUACCAACUACCUUGCGUUUAUCAUAUUGCUGUCCAAAUAAAUGGUAUUAACACAAUGCAGGCUACAGUC